AUGAUUGGCGACUUACCAAAUGACAUACUACAUAGAGUACUAGAGCUUAUACCCAUCCAAGAUGCUGCAAAAACUAGCAUCUUAUCAAAGCGAUGGACACAAAUAUGGUCUACGCAGCCACACCUUGUGUUUGAUCGCCACUUUUUUCAGUAUGUAUCUAAUAAGGACGCUUCUGUUGCAAGUAUAAUUCAUAAAAUUCUCAUGCAACAUACUGGAAAUAUUCUGGGAUUUCAUCUUAUGUCGAAGACACAUGAACUGUCACAGUCAGAUGUGGAUCAAUGCAUUAUCUUUGUCUCGAAGCAGGGUAUCCAGAAACUCACUCUAGAUUUGGCGAAGUCCAAUGCUGGAAAAUACAGGUUGCCUUGUCGCAUAUUUACAUGCUCAACGUUGACACAUUUGAAGCUUUCGAGGUGUAUCUUUAAGGUGCCAGAUGGUACCCAAUUCCCUAAUCUUGUUUGUCUAGAGUUAAAUCGUUCUGAAGUUGACCGCCGUAGAGGAUCAGAAGGCUCUCUUAUCCUGCCAAUGCUUGAGAUUUUGAAGUUAAGAUGUUGCAUUGGUGUGAGUCGUGUUAAUAUCUUUGCUCCAAAAAUUGAGAACUUGUCAAUCGUUAGCAGCUAUACAGUAACAUUUCAGUGUUUUAAUGUGAACCCUAUCUUUACAAGCAUUAAACACCUCUGCUUCAAUGGAACAUCUUUAGAGGUUGAUGAGACAUUGAGUCAGACAACGAAACUGUUGUCUUACUUAUCAAGGGAAGAAAACCAUGUGAAUGAAGCUCUAAGAAUGAUUCGAACAGUGAGGUUAAGGAAAUUCAAGGGAUCAAGUACUGAAAUGUACUUGAUUAAAGUCCUCCUUGCUCAUUCUCCAAGACUUGAGUGGUUGAUUAUUGAACAGUGCGAAAAAACAAAUGCCACAAGUUGUAAAGCACACUUAUGGGAACUGAUAAGCUUUCAUCGAGCAUCACCAAUAGCAGUGAUUAGUUGUGAGGAACAAUUGCAGUCACUUUACAGCUGUGGGGAGUUGACUUAUACUGUCAGCAAAGGAACUGAUAUCGAUCUGUUCCCUCUGUUGUUUCUUGGACUCUGA